UCUUUUGUGCUGAGCUAGGUAUACACUGCUAGCUCUCACACAGAGAUUAGCAGGUGCAGACUUCCAGAUUCAUUUUAGAAUCAGAAAAUUACAGUGGAGGAAGAGUGAAAAGGAAGGCUGUGUGAAGUGGCUGAUUUUUUUUUUUUUAAUUGGAUGCUCAAAUCCGUGCACAUAGUUAAACAGGGAUAUUAAGAGCACAAUAUCCUUAAAGAAAAACAGCUCUACUCCUGUGGCUGUUGGGGCUCACUUGCAAGGAUCUGUUGUUGCUGGGUGGAACAGACUAAUGUUGCUGCUGCUGCUGUUGCUGCUUCUGCAUUGGGAUGAGUUCCUGUUUCAGCCUGUGCUGACUCAUGUACGAGAAAACAUGAUGCACAGGCAUAGAGCACUGUAAGUCUUUUUCCCCUACCAGUCUCGACUCGUUCUGUAGUUCAUUCAGCAAAUGGCUGAGGAAGUAGGUUUGAUGUCCGGAGAUGAAGAGGAGACACAAAUUAAUGAUGGUGAAGAUUCAUUUCAGACUUGUUACGCCCUAACCACAGCUGACUGCUGCUCUACAGAGCCUUUGCAAGGUAGCUCUAAUGAAGAGAAGGAAAGGUCAAUAGUGCCAGCAAGAUUGUCUGUUCUAUCUGGCAAGGCCAUAGCAUGUGAAAAAACCCUCAUUGGACACCAGUUGAUUGCUCAUAACAAGGUACAAAACAUAGCCUCUGGGUUCACAGAGUAUCAUUCAACAGAUGCAGAUAUGCCAUUAGCUGCCUCAUCUUAUCCUGUGGCGAUUUGUAAGCUGAUGCCAGUAGACAUCUCUUCUCCCUGUUCAGAAAGCCUUCUCUGGAACUCCAAUCAGAAAUCUGAAGAAUCACAGCUUUCAAAUGCUGCUAAAGUGUCUGCUCUCCCCCAAAAUCUUGCUUCACUGCUAGUAAGUGGAUUCAGCUGCUGUCGUACAUGGAACUCCAAAACAGAGCUAACUUUGGAAGGCCCAUUGAAAGUUUGGACCCCCUGUAGCCUGAGCCAGACUAUUUGGAUGAAAACGAUGAAAGUAACAGAGACCAUUGAAAAGCAAAAACAGGAAGAAAAGGAGAAAUACCGACUUCAGCUAGCUAUGUAUCGGAGGCUUCUGCUGCUGCGCUCCAUUAGAAGUUUACAUAAGCAGCUCGAGCAGCAGCAAGCCAGGCUGCAGGAAUGUUAUGGUAUGGUAAUAAAUACCAAGAAAGAAGUGUUGAAACACAUUCGCUCAACCUCACCCUCACCCUCACCAUAACCUUGUUGCUGCAUGCAGAGACGAGCUAUGUUAUAUCACCAAAGCUAACAGCAAAUUAGUGGACAUGGAUGGCAUUGUAAUUUGCACAGAUGAGGCAAAGACUGUACUACUAGUGAAGGAGACAAGUAAUGUUUGGACAUUGACUUCUGAAAUGAAUUUGGAAUAAAAUUAAAUAGUAUUAUUCUUUAUAAAAAUUCAGGAAGUUUACUCUGUGCCUGCAAGCUCCAAAAUCCACGGCUCCAAACAUGUACAUUUCUAGGAAUGCUUAGGACUUACAGUUCUCAAGAAGUAAGAACCUAAGCUUCAAAAGAUCUUUCAAAGCUGGUCAGAUGGUCUUUAAAAAGAAUCAGAUUCCGUGGACGUUGCCCACAGAUCAUGCAAUGCAGAAUUUUUUCCAUGUACUUUCAAUAAUAUUUCUCACAGUUUUAAUAGAACUCUUGUUAGUUUAUCUUCAGAAUAUCCAUAUUCUUGAAAGGUACCAUGCAUAUUUACAUAAAACAAAAGCAUCAUAUGCUUGCAUUGUGUUUGAAAUUCAGAACACGUAUAGAUAUAGCUUGUGGCAUUUUUUAAACCAGUGGUGGUCAAUGCCAGGGAGGGUAAUGAAGAGGGAAAGGAUAGAUCACUCCAGAUAUACCCAGUGGAAUGCUCUCCCUCUAAAGCAUCUACUCCUGCCACUGCUGGAGACAGGAUACUAGGCUAGAUGGACCAUUUUUAUGACCUGGUAUGGCACUACUUAUGUUCUCUUAUGUUCUUAGUUGCAUACAGUUAUGAAUCCUCCGUUAGCUUCUAGUGAAACCAGCUGCUGCAAAUUGAACAUAUUUUGUGCCUUAAUUCGAACUGUCACUAAUAGGGAGUUAGUGACAGUGUUCUUUCUCCAAGUGCAUCAGAUACAAAGAAAACCAUAGGGAACUUUUCUCAGACUGUGAGUCUGAGAUCCUUGCAGGAAAUCUGAAUUCUACAAACAAAUUCAGGGAGAAGGAAAGAAAAACAUGACUUUGUUUUAAAAAUAACCAAAAUGAAUCCCUUGUUACCGCACUUCCAUUAGAAAAUUGAGUAGUUAGGCUUGCUCUUGUAGAGUUUGAAGCCGAAAUGAUGAAAGAAAAAUGGGAGAAAUCAUGACACUUCCUUGCUUAGUGUCUAAAAUAGAUCUACAAUAAAUUAUUUCCUCCAGAUAGGGCUUCCUAAUCAUACCACCUUCUCCCAUCUCUUGCAUUCCUGGUAAUGCUGGUAAAUGUUUUCAUAGGUGCACCCUCAAAUUUUCUGCACAGAGAGGGGACACUAUUGCUAAAAGGGCAUAUCAUUAUCCUCGUGGGCUACUGACACAUGGGAAACUCCUCAAGGCCUUGUUCAGGGAUAUAUAUAUAUAUAUAUAUAUAUAUAUAUAUAUAUAUAUAUAAACUUAUUCACAUAAGAGGUGAACCCUGAUUUGCUAUGGAAGAAGCAGAAAGGAUGAACUCUUAAAUCCAAUCUCUGAAGAGAUUUUUGAAUGGGAGAAUGUAUCUGUAAGCAGGCUAUGGAAUACAGUACAGACCAGACAUAAUUGUUAUUCCAGCUUUUAGACUAGAAUAACUGCCGUUGCUGCUUUAAAGCAAAGGUUUCUAGCCCUCUGGAUCCGCUUAAUUGUAGCUAUUCCUAUAACCUCUUUACACACCAUCCUAUGCAAAGCUGUUGAGGAAACUUCCUUGGCAUCCAGCAGGUGUUUGCAGAGACAUCCUACACAGCCUUAUUCUAGAGCUUUGGUAGUACACAGGGCCUUUACAAAGCCUUAGCAAGAAUUAAUUUAAUCUAGUUUAAUUCAGGUUCUUGGUUUCCAAGGCAGGAGAGUGGAGAGUACAGGACAGGAGGCCACAACCUCUUAAAAUAUAAUUCCAUCCUGCUUCUCACUCUGAGCAGUGAUGGGGAACUCCCUCUGCUUCUAUGGAUCAGGUUUCCUAAAUGAGGCUGCUUCCUUUUUAAAUACCCACCACCCCUUAUAAGUAUACAACACUUUUCUAACACAGUGGGCAUGCCUACGCAUGUAAUUAAUUCAAAACAAUCAACUCUGAUACAUAUCACAUAGGAGUUUAUUGCUCCCGAGCACCACAUUUGAAUGUACACCCGGGACCACAGCACAUUGAGCUGGGUUGGAGCAGCCUCAGCUGGCAAGAGGCCAGGGGAGGUCAACUGGUAUACCAACCUGGGGCUGCUGCAACCUAGUUCAGUGUGCUGCAGAGGGGCUGGCUGGGGCACAAGGGUGGUCCAGCGCAAGGCUAGCUGACAGACGGCCCCCGCACUGAUGUGCCCUACUGCGUCAGCCAGCCCUGCCAGCAUUUACACAUAUGUUGCUGUGCACUAAAAAAACUGUCACAGGAUAGUACUUGUUAAUUCAAACACUGACACACAGUAUUUAAAAGCACUAACCUGCAGUGGAGUCUAUUAGUUUCCUGUGCCCUAAUAGGGAUGCAUGUAUAGAUACUGAGAUGUUUACUGUAGAGCUAAUUAGACAGGUUUGCAGUAAAUGUACCAUGUAGAGGUGCCCAUCUUGUAAUGAGAAAGGUGAUAGGGCCCAUUUGGGGAAUGCAAAUAUUUGCUUUUUCAACUGGGUAUCUAAAUUAAAAGUCUGAAAAAAACAUUAUUUUUAAGUCACUAAAAAUUGUUAGCCUUUCCUGCCAAGACUAACCAAAAAUACCAUUUUGCAUUGAAUGGAACAUUUUGCCUGAGCUGUAAUUAAAUAAAUUAAAUGUACAGGGUUGUUCGGUUGUUUUGGGUUUUUUUAAUUAAUUUAGCUACAGUUCUACAAUUUGAAAUAAAAUGUCAAAUUGUCUCAUUCAGAAAACAUUGAUGUGACAAAAAUUUAUUUUGUUUUUCCCAGAUUUUUUUUCCUGUAGAAAACCAUUCAGAUGAGAUUCAGGUGACCUGAAAUUCUAUUUUUCAGCAAGUUGACUUACUUGCCCCCCAAUUUUUCCCAGCCUAAUUGUCAGUUUACCUCAGUGAUCAAAUGGCUGCUGAUAUGUGUUGAUAUGUGUCCUGCAGUUACUGUAACAAAGGGUAUUGCAAUCUCUAUUAAGAUGCACUGGCUGUGUUGCAGUCUCUGGAGCAUCAGCAGCUUUAGGGUACGUGCAGACAUCACACUUAGAUUGACCUAACUAGGGUUAGGUUGCUCUAAAUACUGGUCUGUACAGAUGUUCAGGUAAAUUAGACUGGGUAAAAAAUGGCUAGCCGAAUCCAACUUAGUUAGCCUGAGGAGGUAUACUUAGUUAGAUCAGGAACUGGUUACCUGAAUCUACUGAACAUCUGUACAUGUUUGAAGCGCAACCCCAGGACUGAGAAAGCCAAGCUGCUUGCUCCAGCCAUGGGGCUGCACUUUUCCAACCCUCCUCCUCCCCCCCCCCAAAUCCUGACUGGGCUAAUUUUAGCCUCACAAUCCCCCACCUCCAGAUGGACAACCCCCCACCCUGUGAAGACCUGCCAGCCCCCCUGAUCCCAUCAAACAUCCCCAGACCCACCAAAACCCCCCACCGACUCCCUGCCACCCCCUCAAUGCCACUCACCUCUCCUCCACCCCUACUUAUUUCAAGCACAUUCCAGGUGCAGCUCCCAGCACUGGGGAACAUCUGCACAAGUGGAACCUGAUCUAUGAUCACACAGCUUAAAGUAAGCCACGUGAUCAUAGUUCAGGUCCUGGGAGUGUCUGCAUGUACCAUUAUUAAAGAAGCCUUGGUAAUACUUCAUUACUGUGCACUAUAUAUACUUGCCUUUCUAAUGGAGCCUUUCAUUAAAUAUGUUUUAAAUUGGUGUGCCUGUAGAUGUUUGGUGAAACCUUUUAAACAAUGCAUUUUACAUAUCCCACAACCCAGGAUGAAGUAAAUAGGCUCACUGUCAUAUUGUUCAAUUGUAAAUGUUUUUUGGUGGGAAUUUUGUCGAUUUUCAUUUUUGUACAGCACCUAACACAAUUCUUUCCUGAUCUUAACUGGCACUGUUGGAUGUGUCUGAAAUAUAUAUUAUUAUAUUAUAUAUUAUUAUAUAUUAUUUAAUAUAUAUAUAAAAUAAGAUAAUAUUUGUUUAAAAUAGAUACAAUAUGACAACUGUGAGAAAAUGAAGAUAAGCCUUGCUUUGCUUGUGCACAUGUUUAUCUUGCCUUUAUAGACACUCACUAAAUAAAUAUUAAU